UCGGCGUCGGGGCUGGGGCCAGGCUGCAGCGAGCUCGGAGGACGAACGCCCGCGGGUAGCGCCUCCCUCAAGCGAGGUGACCCCUUCGGUGGGAGCGCAGCCUGCCCCGUACAUCCGCUUCCCAGCAGGGCUUCAGCCCCGCCCCCCUCCCCCCCAGGAGGCUCCCUGCCAAGAUGGCAUCGGCCGGAGAACCCCCCAGUGGCCCACGGGAUGCAGCAGACCAGAACUUCGACUACAUGUUUAAGCUGCUUCUCAUUGGCAAUAGCAGCGUGGGCAAGACGUCCUUCCUGUUCCGCUAUGCGGACGACUCCUUCACACCUGCCUUUGUCAGCACCGUGGGCAUUGACUUCAAGGUCAAGACGGUCUAUCGGCACGACAAGAGGAUCAAGCUGCAGAUCUGGGACACGGCGGGCCAAGAGCGUUACCGGACGAUCACCACAGCCUACUACCGCGGCGCCAUGGGCUUCCUGCUCAUGUAUGACGUCGCCAGCCAGGAGUCCUUCACCGCUGUGCAGGACUGGGCCACACAGAUCAAGACCUACUCCUGGGACAACGCUCAGGUCAUCCUUGUGGGGAACAAGUGCGACCUGGAAGAUGAGCGUGUUGUGCCUACCGAGGACGGCCGGAGGCUUGCUGAUGACCUCGGUUUCGAGUUCUUUGAGGCCAGCGCCAAGGAGAACAUCAACGUGAAGCAGGUCUUUGAGCGCCUGGUGGACAUCAUCUGUGAGAAGAUGAAUGAGUCCCUAGAACCCAGCUCCAGUCCGGGCAGCAAUGGGAAAGGCCCGGCCUUGGGGGACACCCCAGCCCCUGAGCCCAGCGGCUGCAGCUGCUAGAGAUGGUCCCCAGCCCCUGUCCACCCCUUCCUGCCUCGGCAGGGACUGUGACUGAGGCAUGAGCCACAAGGGCUGUUUCCUAGCUCAGGGCACCCCCUUCCCUCCCGCCAGCCGUUGACCCCGACCCCUCCGCAUGGCUGGUUCUCUCGCCAUGGCCGCCAUCUUGCCGGAAGCAGCCUUAUAUCACAGGCCCCAGACCCUGGGGACUCUGCCCUGCAGGCGGGGCCUGGAGAUGGUGACGUGCACGAGCUUGCUGCUUUUCGAGCAUUUUCACGGAGGGAGCGAGGGCAGCGGGUCCCACCCCGGUCUAGUGGAGGGGUGGCCACAGUGCCUUCUGGGUUAGAACUGUUGUUCUCGGCCAUUCCAUGUCAGGCGCCGCCUGGAGUUCACAAGCUGGUUUGUCUUCUUCCUCCUGCGGUGUGAGUCCUCAGAGUUCUCCUUCGGAGAUGUGGAAGGCGACUCCUUUCUCAGGGUCCCUCCGGGGUGGCCCCAAGCCUGCCCCCAACCCUCCCCGACCCCCAGGCCUCAAGCUUCCAAGGCAGGGAGGUGACUCUGGCCCUCGCAGACCCUUCCCUCCUGGCCUGCCGCUCGUCUGCCUGUGAACGCAGUAUUAAAGCAGCUUUUCCCAUUCUGCAGGGACAGGGAGUCAGAACCCCCCACCCACCCCCCGUCCCCUGCCCCCACCCAGCUUCAGGGACCCCAGAAGUGCCUUCUGAGCCUCCCCAGUAUUCCGCAUCACCCACACCCCUGCCACUGUUCUGGCCUCUUCACUACGUCUCUCAUCCCCGGAUCCACUUCUAGAACGAUGCGCCGCAUCAGGCUGGGCGGAGAAUGACCCAACCCCGGGCGUUCCUGCUGGGGGCGCUUUGCCAGGAGUUCACCUCAGAGCCGGGAGCCCCCGCCCUCCUGCCCACACCUGCCUCUCCCAGACCCCGUUUGGCUGGCGAUGUUUUAAGCAAGGGCUUUCCACAUCUUACAUCCUGCCAGAAAAGGAAAUUGAGCAAGGUUCCCACAGCCUGCCCUCGCCGGCCGCUGGCCGAUGGAAGGACUUGGGCUCCUCCCCGUCGAGGACCCUUGAGGACCCAGAGUCCAUUUCCUGAGUGAUAUCAGUGGCGGGGCCCAGCAAUGCGAUGCUUCCUAUUAAUGGAAGAGGCCCUCUAAGGGAGGCCUUAGGGCUGGGGCGGAAGAGGCGAGGAGGCAGGGUUGUGUAAUAGUUGUUGCCACAUGCGAUUCACAGAUAAAGCUUGGGGGUGAGCUGGGAACCAGUCCCCCUGGUUGACUGGGGUCCCCAGCCAGCGGGGUGGUGCAGUCUGAGGAUCCACCUCUUACCUCCACUCCCCACCCCAACUCAGUGUCAAACUCCCAUGGCAUGGUACCUGUUUGUGCCCCGUCACACCCACUAACCCCCCACAACUUGACAGUCACUGUGACGAUGGCCUGAACAGACGGUCCGCUCUCCACUCCCAGCCCCAGACACCAAAACGACUUCCCGUAGCCUUAAAGAUCUCAGCCUCCUCCUGCUGGACGUGAGGAAGAUCUGCUUCAAGUUGAACUCAGCUCUUCCCUUUACAGAAGCUCUGGAUUGACUCUCUUUCUAGAGGGCUCUGUUCAUCCCACACCAAGGGCGGCCCCUCAGAGCUUCAAAGCGAGGGUAUCUUUGCAAGCCAACCCAUCAGACAACAGUGGUGAAACGGAAAACCUUUUGGAAACGUGCACAGUGUGUUUGGGGAAUGUUUGGGGCAGAGGCAAACAUGUCCAAUGCUUUAGCGUAAAAGAGAAAUGAAGGCAGCUAGGAAAAAGCCUGGGAAGAGGCCCCAGGGGCUGUGAAGGUUCUGUGGGCUAGCCCACUUGCUUAAGCUGCUGCCAGAAAACAAAACAAAACAAAAAAACCAAGACAAUGGUAGAUCAGAGCGCUAUUCUCAAAGGGACGAACCAACUUGUGUCUUGGACCUGAUGUGGGCUAAGCCUUGUGUUUACCAAGAGUUUUGAACACUCUAGCUUUGAGCAGCACAGAGACUGGGUUUUCUCAAAACUAGGUUUAUGUAGGAGAGGGAUUUUUUUUUUUUUUUUGGCUUGUUCCUUCUAAAAAUAAGGCAAGUUGUUAUUUUAUAAUUUUGGGUGGAGGCUUAACUCACGAUGGUCUCUGGGGACCAAAACCAAUGUCCUCGAAGUUCACGGGCGUGGGUGGGGGUGGGGGGUGGGAUGGAGAAUCGUUGAGUUUACAAGCAAAAAUGAAGCCACAGGCUGUGGGAAAACCACUUCUCCCGGGAGAGUGAGGUCCGGAGAGGUGGCCCGAGGCUGGGUCCUGAAUUCUUACCGUUGGCUUUUAGCGGCUCGUCUUUCCAUUGCUGUGACCAGGGUUUGGGGCUUGGAGGUCCGCUGUUUUUCUCUUCUUUAUUUCUUUGGCUUCCCCAGGGAUCCAGCUCCUUAUAUCUUUUUCUCCGACCCCCACUCCAAAAGGCAAGUAAGGGGUGAAACUUGGUCUCUGCAAAGUGGCUUCUCCCCUCCAUCCUGAAACACUACGGCGUGAGCUCUCGACUUGGUCAUUCGUAUUACUGGAUGUGGUUCUCCUGUUUAGUAAGCGAUUCUUUGAGGUCCGCUCGGAAAGAUGAGCACUUUUAGCCACAAGAGAAAAUAAAGCCGUUAUGCCCAGA